UUCUACUCCAUUUCAAACCGGUUGGAUCUUCUUUCUAUUACCAAACAAAAGACUUAAAAAAUGUAUAUAGAUAUGUUAAAAGAUACUUCAAUUCUAGCAUAACAGUUAAUCAGUAAAUAGAAUUUAAAUGGAGCUCCAAGGCAGAACGAUGGGUUUCGAUGAAAGAAAUUUUAGUGCAUACCUUAACAGAUCAUACAAUGACGAGUUUCCUCUGCCUCCUGAUAUUUGUGGAAAACAGAAGCAUUUUAAUGGAUAUUUACAGCCUUGUGAUCGCUAUGAAAAGGGCAAAUCUUCUAACCAUGAUUAUCUCAGUGUACAGGGAUCCAUCAGAAAUAAUUUGCAACUUGAUAAAGUAUCAGAUAAAUUUCCGGAUUUGCAACGCAGUAAAGGAGAAACUAUGCAUCAUAACAACAAAGAAGAGUUUAAUGAGUUUGAUGAUAUUCGAAUAUAUUAUGAAAUAGGAGAUUCAACAAAACUUAGAACGACUGAACAUUCAGACGUAAAAGGUUUUGAUCAAAAAGAAUAUGUACUAAGACCAUCAGACGACUACUGCCAAACGCAAGACAAAGAAACAAAUAAACCAUCUAGAAAUUCUCCUUGUUCGGCCUGCAGAAUGGUUAUUCUUGUUACGAUAAUAACAACACUCCUGAUUGGCCUUGGCUGUGCAGCUUAUUUCUUAUUCCUCAGAAAUAUCAAUGAAAACGAUAAAACUAGUACAUCAAACAAUACCCAGCAUACGUCAACGACUGUAUCAGUUACUUUUGGAACACCAAUACUCAGUACAGAAGCGUCAACAGAUACCUUUACAAAUCCACCUUCUACGCUUACAACAUCAACCGAUCAGGUUUUAUCAUCAGCAAAAGAGAGUAGCUCAUCACAAGCACCAACUAUGGAAUCCUACUGUUCGCCUACUGGUAAAACGAUUUUGCAACUUAAUCCUGAUCAAAUAGCUGACCUUGAAGUUAGCAGAAAUUUGUUGUUGCAUAGUUGCGAAGCCGACGUUGGUUACCCAGCAGGAAACCUGAGCAUUGCAAUUUUGAAGUCAGGAGAGCUGGAGUUCAGAAAAUUAGACGUAAUUAUUGAGAGCACAGAGGACAACAAGACAUCAUGCGAAAUUCAUAGAAAAGUUAAUUUCAGAAUAGUAUUUACAUCUGACAUGGAGAAGGCUAUCACCAGAUGUUCAGUAAUUAAUAAAUACUUCCCAGAUUCUCCAGCAUUUUAUUCAAAUAAUGAAACAGUUUUUCUUAUACCAGGUGAUGCGUGUAAGGAAAACAGUGUCUCUCAAAGCAACCGUGUGCAUCCUUCAAACUGCCAUUAUUAUAUUGAGUGCCAGAAUAAAGAACCUUAUGGUCGAGCAUGUCAGUACAACUUUUGUUUUGGAAUAUAUACAGUAGAAACGUGCAGUCCUUGCAAUGAUGUUACAUGUCCAGCAACAAGUAUCUCCUGUACCAAUACGACAGUUGUUCAGCAGCAGAACAAAGUUGAUAUGACAAUACAUUCUGAUCAAGUUGUUGGUCUGACUUCCCCAAGAGCUUCAAAUCUACAUAUUUGCACUGGUUUUAUUGGCAAUUUAACGGGUGACAUAAAAGUUCAAAUAAAGUUGGCAGGAAACGAUAAUUAUCAAACAAUCAUUCCUAUAUAUACAACCUUAACAGACACAACAGAAAACUGUGGAAUUAAAAGAGUCCUCAAGUUUUGGAUUGGAUUCACUGUGGCUAUGUACAAUGCAACCAUUAGAUGUAGAGUAACAAAUGGCCUUUAUCCGGAUGUAUCUCCUAUCUAUUCUAACAGUGAAACUCUUUACCUGGUUUCCAAUGACUUUUGUAACCAGAAUUAUAACGGAACCAUAGAAAACAGAUAUCAUCACCCAACAACCUGCCACAGAUUUGUUACUUGUGUAGCGAAUUUACCUUACAUUACUGCAUGCGCAAGUGGUCUUUGCUUUAGAUUAGAAACAGAUCGGUGUGAUUUUUGCUCCCUGGUAAAAACAUGUCCGUAAUGAAACCGAACACUUGAAACUUAUUUUGAUUUUUCCCUGCAGUGUUUAUAGAAACCAGUUUCAAAAUAUGCUCUUGUUUAUUGUAUAUCCCUAUCUAAACAUUGUACUAGUAAAAUGCUAUAUAUUUAUUUACGUUAACAUUAUAUUCAAAACAAAGUUAGACUAAACUCUAUAUUUGUAGUGUUAGUUUGAGCAGAUUAAUUGUAUAUAUAUUUUAAGAUAUGUAUUAGACAAUAAUUACCUUAAAAUAAUCAUUUGGUUUAUAAGUAUUUUGUUUUGUGUUAUUUAUUAAUUACAUAAAGCUGAAACUUG